UGUUACUUUGUUGGCGCAGUGAGUGGCGGAACUAAAAAGCGCGGGAAGGUGUUUCCGGUGGGGAAGCAUUCAGUGCAGCACCAGCGCGCGACCGCCGUGUGUUUACAUUUAAACUUUCUCCGCAUCUGCAGAGAUGUCCACCCUGUUCCCGUCUCUGUUCCCGCGAGUGACCGAGUCUCUGUGGUUCAAUCUGGACCGACCGUGUGUGGAUGAAGCAGAGCUGCACCAGCAGGAGCAACAGCACCAGACCUGGUUACAGAACAUCGCAGAGAAGGAUAAUAACCUGAUGCCCAUCGGUCGGCCCAUCUUUGAGACCUUCGACGAGGAAGAGGAGGAGGACGACGAAGACGAGGAGGACAGCGAGGAGGACUCCGAAGAUGAUGAAGACAUGCAGGACAUGGACGACAUGAACAUCUACAACGAGUUUCCUGAUGAUGGAGAAAUUAAUGAGGUCGACAUGGAAGGAGCCGAUCAAGACCAGGACCAGUGGAUGAUCUAGACCAGAUCCAGACCAGAUCCUUCAGUCAGUGUGGUUUUGCUGUUGCUUCUCAAAGGCUUUGCACAUGAAGAACUACGAUGGACUGGAAAGAAACGUCUGUGUGCAGCAGGACUCUCAAAACACACACACAGAUCACGAGACAUUGAGUGUUCAGUGUUACUGUGUUUCUGAUAAAAGCAGCACUUGUCGCAACAUGAACUUUUGUCACUUUUUAAGCUCGUAGAAACCAUACGUUGACUCUCUGGCGGAUCACGUUACUGAGUUACUGUUUCUGCAUGUCAUCAAACAUCUACUUUACAGCUCACUAAAUCACCACCGACGGCUGUUAUCAUGUGUGUUCAUGAACCUUCGACUGAACUGAGAGAUUAGGAACAGCUUUGAGCUGUCUGUAUCAUAAUACUUUGUGGUUGAAAAUAAAUUUGUAGUCAAUUA